AUGUGUUACUGCAGUUUAGAAUAAAUGUUCAGCCAAUAUUUGGGGCAUUUCAGAAAUGCAGUUGAUGAAGUGAUGGGUAAGUUCACUUAUGUAUUUCACUUAAAUCUGUGAUUUGAUACCACCUUUGAUCAACCACUGUAUAUUGAAUUUAUGAAUGGUUAGAUUUGUAUUUGAAUGUUUUGACAAGUAAUGUUAUAUUACAGAGCUUGAGAUUAGAAUAGAAUUCUGGAUAAGAAUAGACUAAAAAUACAGUUCUCAAAAAAAACAGAUUUCAUCUCCAGUCAGACUACCCAUCAAAAAGCUUAUGUCUUAAGGAGAGGGAAGAGACUUAUUUUCCAGGGAAAAAAUAUUAAGACAGUUUAGGAGACUGAAGUCUCUUACUUGAUAAAUAGAAUGCUGAAAUCCAUCAAAGCUAGUGCUACAGCAGAUUUGAAACUUUCAUUGAGAGAAUAUGAUACAGAUCUGGAAGAUCAAGAGAAAUAUCCCAAGGACAGGUAUAAGUAGUAUAAAUUAAAUAAACCAGCAAGAGGUAGAUUUUAAACAGACUGAAGACACAUUCUUCACACAAUGUCCAUACAGAAAGUAAAUAUGCAUAUUAAAACCUAAACACAAAAAAAUAGAACAUUAUUAAAGGUAGAUAAUCAGGCUCACUCAGGAAGUCUCUGAAGAAUCAUUUUUUGCAGGAUUGGAAACUAUUGUGGCUGGACAGUGCCCAGGCAGAAAUGAGCCUGGGGGUACUGGUCAACAGCCAACUGAACAUGAGCCAGCAGCGUGCCCUGGUGACCGAGAAGGCCAAUGGCAUCCUGGCUUAUAUCAUGAAGUGCGGCCAGCAGGAGCAGGGAGGUCAUCCUUCCCCUGUACUUGGCACUGGUGAGGCCACACCUCAAGUGCUGUGUUCAGUUCUGGCCCCUCAGUUUGGGAAGGACGUUGAGACGCUUAAGUACAUCCAGAGGAGGGCAGUAAGGGUGGUGAGGGGCUUGGAACACAAGCCCUGUGAGGAACGGCUGAGGGAGCUGGGGGUGUUUAGCCUGGAGAAAAGGAGACUCAGGUGUGACCUUAUCACUCUCUACAACUUCCUGAAGGGUGGUUGUAGCCAGGUGGGGGUUGGUCUCCUUCUCCAGGCAGCCACUGACAGAACCAGAGGACACAGUCUUAAGCUGCGCCAAGGGAAAUGUAGGUUAGAUAUUAAGGAAAAGGUUUUUAUGGAAAGAGUGAUAAAGAACUGGAAUGGUCUGCCCAGGGAGGUGGUGGAGUCAUCAUCCCUGGAUGUGUUUAAAAAAAAGACUGGGUGUGGCACUCGGAGCCAUGGUUUAGUUGAAGUGUUGGGGCAUGGGUUGGACUUGAUGAUCUUAAAGGUCUCUUUCAACCUUGUGAUUCUGUAUUCUGGGAAUGUAUUGCUAUGUGUUUCCCUACUCCUGGACAUUCCCUAGGUCAGUGUUAUUGCCCUCUUGUUCAGUUCGGGGUAUGAAGUUAGCCUUUGCUUGAUUCAAUGAAGCUGGUGUUAUUAAAAUAAAAACAAACCUCAUAAGCAGCUUAAUUUUAUUCCUUAGAAAAAAAAUAUUAACCUAACUUUGGCUUCUAUGG